GUGUACAGUGCCAGUAAUGUGGAGCUUGUCACCCGCACGAGAACCGAGCAUCUUUCAGACCAGGACAAGAUGAGGAUGAAAGGCACCAAGACACCUCUGCAGUCGUUCCUGGGCCUUGCUGAACAGCAUGUCACGGCUCCGCAGAACGGGGCCCACGUGACUCAGAGUGCCAACUCCACCAACCCGACUGCCAUCACCCCCGAGGAGUAUUUCGACCCGAAUUUCGAACUCCAGGCCCGUGACAUCGGACGGCCCGUCGAGCUGACCAGCAAGAUUCAACGGUUUAAAGCUAACCUCUGGCUCUGUGAGGAUCAUCCCCUCUCCCUCGUUGAGCAAGUGACUCCGAUCAUUGACCUCAUGGCGAUCAGUAAUGCCCACUUUGCCAAAUUACGUGACUUCAUCACCCUGAAAUUGCCCCCUGGCUUCCCUGUCAAAAUAGAAAUCCCGCUGUUCCACGUGUUGAAUGCCCGGAUCACGUUCGGGAAUCUCUGUGGCUGCGACGAGGCUGUCAGCACGUUGAGGGUAGUCGGUGACCCCGCUGCUCCGAGUGACGAGGGCCAGGGAGCCUCGGGGACCGCAGACUCCUGCCGCCAAGUAGGAAAAUGUGAAGUGGACCCCUCGGUGUUCGAGGUGCCCCGGGGCUACACAGUGGUGGGUACGGGGCGUAGUGAGCCAAUGAGGGACGAGGACGAUGACCUCCUGCAGUUUGCCAUCCAGCAGAGCCUGCUGGACACCGGGACCGAGACGGAGCAGGUCACAAUCUGGGAGGCACUGACCAACAGCCGGCCUGGAUCCAACCCUCCAAUUCCUUAUGAUGAAGAGUCACAGUUAGAACGAGCCUUACAGGAGAGUAUGCUGACCCACAGUGGAGGGGGAGGGGGGCUGAAUCUCUCAUCCGAUCCACUGGACCCCUCCUCCGAGCUCCAGCAGACAGCCUACCCCAGCUUCUCCGAGCAGCUACGCCUGGCCAUGGAGCAGUCCAGUAAGGAACAGGAGGAUCUGGAGAGGAGGUGGAGGGAGGAGGAGGAGGAACUGGAGCGCAUCCUGCAACUCUCACUCACGGAAAAGUGAAGGAGCAACACGAGGGCUUCCUGCCCUUCUGCAUCAACCCCGUCAGAUUGCCCAUACCCCCCCCACACCCUUCCCUUCCCCAACCUCCUUCAUUCUCAGCAAACAGACCAUCACAUCUCCCCAUGAUGGAGCUUUACUCUGUAUCUAACCCCGUGCUGUACCUGUCCUGGGAGUGUUUGAUGGGGACAGUGUAGAGGAAGCUUUACUCUGUAUCUAACCCCGUGCUGUACUUGUCCUGGGAGUGUUUGAU